AUGACAACCUCCAACGCUGAGCAGUACCCAGAGGGUCCUCUCUCAGUCCUCGUUUCUUCCAGAGUUGUCGUUACCCUUCCUAAUGACUCCCUCGUCAUCACUCCCGCUUCUAUUGUCGUCAGCCCCGUCACCGGAAAGAUCGUCUCAGUCGUUCCCGAGGUCCUCCCCCUAUCCAGCUUCCCUGCUGGCACAGACUAUGUCGACCAUACCCCCAAGCUUCUCCUCCCUGGCCUCGUUGAUGCUCACGUUCACUUGAACGAGCCUGGCCGUACUGAGUGGGAGGGCUUCUGGACUGGUACCCGCGCUGCUGCAAGUGGUGGUGUGACCACUGUGGUGGAUAUGCCGCUGAAUGCCAUCCCUCCCACCACGACUCUUCAUGGCUUUGAGGAGAAGCUUCGGGCCAGCCAUGGACAGUGCUGGGUCGAUGUUGGCUUUUACGGCGGUGUGAUCCCUGGUAACGCCGAUGAGUUGAGGCCCCUGGUUGAAGCUGGUGUUCGAGGCUUCAAGGGCUUUUUGAUUGAGUCUGGUGUUGAUGAGUUCCCCGCCGUCUCUUCCAAGGAUAUCGCCCUGGCCAUGGAAAAGCUCAAGGACACCCCGACUACCCUCAUGUUCCACGCCGAGAUGAUUCCUCCCAUCACCCAGUCCGUGGGCGACGACGUGCAGACCUCUGAACCCCCUCUCGCCCCAACUGGUGAACUCAACGCUUACAAGACCUUCCUCGAAUCUCGACCCCCUGCUUUCGAAACAUACGCCGUCGAGGAGAUUAUUAGCCAAGCACACAUCGCCCCGUCGCUGCACCUUCACAUCGUUCAUCUUUCGGCUACGCAGUGCAUUCCUCUCCUCAAGGCCGCUCGCAAGUCGGGUAUCAACAUCACAGCCGAGACCUGCUUCCACUACCUCGGUUUGACUGCUGAGGAGAUCGAGGAGGGCGAUACUCGACACAAGUGCUGCCCGCCUAUCCGGGAGGGCAAGAACCGUGAUGGUCUUUGGGAAGAACUCGUCGCGGAGGAUUCAUGCAUCAAGACUAUCGUGUCGGAUCACUCACCUUGCACACCUCAACUGAAGCUCCUUCCUCAGCAUCUCGAUACCGGACGACCCAACAUUCCCCACAACGACUCAGGUAUCGACGUGGCCGCGGUUGAUGUCCAAGACCCUGUAGAGCAAAAGGCGCGUGGAGAUUUCUUCGCAGCCUGGGGUGGUAUCUCCUCCGUCGGGCUCGGUCUCCCCAUCCUCUACUCAGCAGCCAAGAAGCGCGCCGACUUCUCCAAGACACCCAGCAUCACUGACAUCGUGCGCAUGUGCUGCCAGGCCACAGCCGCACAGGUCGGUCUCUCACACCGCAAGGGCGCCAUUAGAGUCGGCAUGGACGCAGACAUUUGCGUGUUCGACGAUGCCGACGAGUGGACGUUCACGCAGGGCGACAUGCGAUGGAAGAACCGAUGCUCGCCGUGGGAGGGUCACGAGUUUACAGGCCGUGUCAAGGAGACGUGGCUGCGCGGCAACAAGGUGUUUGAGCUUGGUGCGUCAAAUGCAGGAUUCGUUGUCAGCAAGCCUCUUGGCGAGAGCAUCACGGAGAAGCGAACGGUUUAA